AUGACAACACUUAAACCCUAUCAAAGAGAAUUUAUAAAAUUUGCCAUCUCUCAAGAUAUUCUCAGUUUUGGAAGUUUUAUAUUGAAAUCAGGUCGAGUUAGUCCUUACUUCUUUAAUGCUGGUAAAUUCAAUAAAGGUAGUGCAUUAGCAGCUUUAGGUCAAUUUUAUGCAUCAGUUAUACAAGAAGAUGAAAUUGGCAAAAAGUUAGAAUUUGAUGUAAUUUUUGGACCCGCUUAUAAAGGUAUUCCAUUAGUUUCAUCAACGGUAAUUGCAUUAUCCGAAAAAUAUCAUAAAGAUAUUCCUUAUUCAUUUAAUCGAAAAGAAAUUAAAGAUCACGGGGAAGGAGGAAAUAUUGUUGGAGCACCAUUAAAAGGAAAAAUUUUAAUUAUAGAUGAUUAG